ACAGGACCAAUGUCAGUAAGUCAAAACCGAAGGCAAAAUCAAUCCCAUAGCGGACUCGAGAAACCCGCGGGAUUUGAAAGCCGGACAUGCAUUACGGAGUACAUACACCCACAUUUCCUCCCACGCAAUCUGCCAUACAUACACACAUACGAGUGCGAUACCCAUCAGCUGCAACAAUUCUUCUUUCUAGACUAUCUUUGAUUGAACCACCCCAGGUGAACAAUGUAUAACCCCCCCAAACGAGCCCGAACAGCCCAAUCAGGCGCCUGUUCGUACUGCGUCGAGCAGAGGGAGCGCUGCUACAUCGGAGUCAGAGGGAUUCCGUGCUCCAAUUGUCGCCGGUUAAAUCUCACUUGCAACGGCACCGCGAGCCCGGAAGUCCAGGCUAAAAAGCGCCUCCCCUCAGCUACGUAUUGUGCGAGAGGGCUUUUUGCAUCUCAGAUCCGGGAGACCAAGCAUGAACAUUUGCCCCGAAAGAACUCCAUUCCGGCCGUGGCAGCAACCGAUCCUCUCGACAAUUACAUCUCCAUCGUCCAUCAGCUCCUUGGUCCAGAAUCGCUCGAACCACCAAUCUCGAUCGACAUCCCGGACUAUGUGUCGGGACUUCCCAAUCGUUUGGAGUUGGUCGACCUCGAGUAUUUGGAAAACAAGGGAGCCCUGUGUCUUCCGACUUCCCAGUUUCGCAAGGAGCUCCUCAGGAGCUAUAUCUUAUGGGUUCACCCACAGGUACCCGUACUGGACCUGGAGAUCUUUUUGCGCACCAUUGCAGUCAACAAUGGGGACAGGAGUAUAAGCCUCCUGCUAUUCCACGCGGUCAUGUUCGCGGCCUCAGCCUUUGUGGACAUCUCACAUAUCCAUAACGAGGGUUACACGUCCCGAAAGGCCGCCCGCGACGUGCUGUUCCGACGGGCCAAGACGCUGCUGGAGCUCGAUUGUGAAGACGACCGUCUUUCGACGGUUCAAGCCCUACUCCUGUUGAUUCACUGGAAUGACCUGCCCGACGCCGAAAAGGAUGCAAGCCACUGGAUGGGUAUUUGUUCGUCGCUGGCAAUGUCCAUCGGCCUUCACCACAGCCCCGACAAUACAGCCGCCAUGACCCCGUCUCAGCGACAGACGUGGAGACGUACCUGGUGGAGCUUGUACAAUCAUGCUCGACUGACGGCAGAGGACCUGUUGUCCAUGAUGAGCAUUGAAGAAGACCGCGGCGACAGCGAGUUGAUUUACAUGACGAUGGUCACGCUCAACGACUUCCAAUUCGGCGUAUACUCCCCAGAAGCACGGGCCAUCGUGGAUGACUGUGAAGUUCUCCGUACAAUCGAAUACCAAAAGUCGCAGGCCCUUGUAUUCAUCGAAAAGACCAGACUCUGCCGACUGGCGCAGUUUUCGCGUGUUUCCAACCAGGUCAGCAAGUUGAUUCAUGAAACAGACAGCCCUGAGACCAAAUUGUCUUCAAAGAGAAACAAUCUGCACCCAGGCGAAGCUGGGGACCUACACAGAUGGCUUUCCCAACUCCCUUCCAACACCCAGCACCAGUACCCACUGGCACUGAUCCCAACAGAAUGGGAACGAAGCAUCUAUUUGCAUCGAACCUGGCUCCGGCUGCUUUACCUGGGGUCAGCGUAUGUGGCAUGCUGCGACGAGCUUCGAGCAGCCGGCAAUCCUUUCCUCGAUCCCUUCCUCGAUCCCAUGAUAUGUCCACGAUCUGGAUUGAUGGACCAGUAUAUUUUAGAUAUUACAGAUCUCUUCGACGAGAUCGAUAGUCUGGGCCUAACCAAACACCUCCCGAGCCCUUCUACAGCGCUGCUCAUCCUGGUAUUGACCUUCCACCGGCGCCUCGUCGACACAGGCACACCACUCGAACAGGUCGCGAGCGCCCGCGCACUACAUAAAUGCUGGAAAAUGAUGCACAAGCUGCAGGAAACAUCUAAGCUGGGGGUUCAAAUGAUUGCACUCGUCAGAGAUACGGUGUGUACUGAUAUAUGGGACCAGCUGUCUUCGAAAUUGCUGUCGUCUUGAACUCGGACACUCACAUAAAUCUAUAGAAAAUAAAAUAUAACACAGCAAAUUAGUGAAUCAAAGCACACUGGAUCACGAAU